AUGUCUGGGUUCUAUGAUGUCGACUUUGGAGAAGUAGUCGCCAGGACGGUGACUACUUCAAUGAUGUCUACAAGUACGAGAUUGCGACCAGCAUGUGGGGCUCGGCCGGGGUUCCAAGAACCCGCUUGGCGUGGAUUUCCACGAGAAGUGCACACCUUGGGCGAGGCGCCCUCCAAGCGAACAGACCAUAGCGUGGUGCUUUUCCGCGACUCCUUGCUGGUCUUUGGAGGCUUCGAUGGGCAUAACAGGUUUAAUGAUCUUCGCGAGCUACACCUCAAGGACAAGCGAUGGAGUCAGGUGAGUGUUCGCAGUCAGGUCCCGCGGAACCGCUUUGGACACACCGCAGUGAUCUAUGGCCACUCCAUGUACAUUUUUGGUGGAUGGGACGGUCAUGACACAUUGCAGGAGCUCUUUGAGUACAACAUCUCAUCAAACAUGUGGAUCCAGUUGCCAAUGCGGGGAACAGCUCCAAGAGCACGUUAUCGGCACACUGCAGUGGUUUGUGGUGACGCAAUGUUCACCUUCGGGGGCGUGGACAAGACGCAGUACCGCUUUCCAGACCUGCACGAGUACAGCUUCUCCCAUCGACAUUGGUCCAAGGUGUCCACGUUGUCUGUGCAGCCAUCUGCCCGGACGUUCCACAAAACCGUUGUCCAUGAGGGCUUCAUGUACAUCCUGGGCGGCUUCGAUGGACGACGCCUGAACGACAUGUAUCGCAUUCUGCUGCGGACCAAGUCAGAGUUGCAACGCUGUCAAAAGCAGCUAGCAGAUCAGGUGUCGAGCCCUCCGGUGCCCACUGGAGGCGGCAUGCCCAGCAGCACUGGUGCGGUGGGAGACGCGCAGGAUGCAGCUCAAACUCUGAUGCCAGAGGAUUUGUGGUGUUGGACCCGCAUUGAGGACCAGCAGGGACAGGUGUACACUCCUCGAACGGGACACGCAGUGGUGGUGUGGAACCACUGCUUUUACCUCAUGGGAGGAACUGAUGAGAAUGCUCGGCAGAACGACAUCUACCGUUACGAUGUUCGCAACAAGACCUGGGCGUGCAUCGACCCGGUCACGGGCGGGCCGCCAUCGGCACGGUCCGGCUCGAAGGCGGUGGUCUGCAGAAAUAGCAUCUUUUUCUUCGGUGGCUACACCAAGAAGGAUGGGGACUACUUCAACGACCUCUUUGAAUUCAAUAUUCCAGAAGCCCAUUGGACGCGCAUCGAUUCACCCACCAAGCCAUCAGUACGAACAGAUCACUCGUGCGUGGUCUAUGAGGCCAGUCUCUAUAUCUUCGGAGGCUUCGAUGGCCGAACCCGAUUCCAGGACCUGCAUCAGUUCAACACCGAGGACAGAGAGUGGAUGCAGGUGCCUGAGACGGACAACGUCCCGGUGGGCCGUUUUGGGCACUCCGCGGUCGUGUACCAGUCCAGUAUGUUUGUCUUCGGAGGAUGGGAUGGGCAUGAUACCUUGGAUGACCUCUACGAAUUCUCGAUCACUACCAGCCAGUGGUACAACGUACCUGGGCGGGGAGAUGUACCGCCGUCCAGAUAUCGGCAUAGUGCGGUGGUGCAUGGCUGUGCGAUGUUUGUCUUCGGCGGGGUUGACAAGAGACAGGCCCGUUUUGCUGAUCUCUGUGAGUUCAGCUUUGACAACAGGUCAUGGUCUCGAGUUAAAACGACGGGGGAUCCGCCAUCUGCCCGAACAUUUCAUCGAGCUUGCAUGUAUGGCAGCUGCAUGUACAUUCUCGGUGGGUUUGAUGGGACGCGCCGCAACGACAUGUACAAGAUCGCUGUUCCAGAGCAGCUACCUCGUGACGAGAAGCGAAGGCGCCGCCUGGCCCUGGGCACCGGCGAGGGCGACGCCACCGAGGCGGCCGCGGAGCCGGAGAUCGGCGAGGUCGAAGGACCUCAUGAGAACAAAGAGAUUGUCAGGCUGCGAUUGCAGGUCUUAGAGCUUCAGAAGCGCCUGGAGAGCGAGCAAGAACGCCAUCUUUGCAAGAUAUGCUUUGAACGCGAGAUCAAUACUGUGAUCUUGGAUUGCAACCAUCGAGCAGUUUGUUCUCGUUGCCUUGACCAGGUGUCGACGUGUCCGCUCUGUCGAGCGGUGAUGAGAUCGACGGUCCUCACGUACAACGCCUAA